AUGCAGGGGCUGUGGGUGCUGCUGCUGCUGGGCCUGAGGCUACAGCUCUCCCUGGGCGUCAUCCCAGCUGAGGAGGAGAACCCAGUCUUCUGGAACCGCCAGGCAGCUGAGGCCCUGGAUGCCGCCAAGAAGCUUCAGCCCAUCCAGAGGGUCGCCAAGAACCUCAUCCUCUUCCUAGGCGACGGGAUGGGAGUGCCCACAGUGACAGCCACCAGGAUCCUAAAGGGGCAGAAGGAGGGCAAACUGGGGCCUGAGACGCCCCUGGCCAUGGAUCGCUUCCCAUACGUGGCUCUGUCCAAGACGUACAAUGUGGACAGACAGGUGCCAGACAGCGCAGGCACAGCCACGGCCUACCUGUGCGGGGUCAAGGCCAAUUACCAGACCAUCGGCUUGAGCGCAGCCGCCCGCUUUAACCAGUGCAACACGACCCGCGGCAACGAGGUCGUCUCCGUGAUGAACCGGGCCAAGAAGGCAGGGAAGUCAGUGGGAGUGGUGACCACCACACGGGUGCAGCACGCCUCCCCAGCCGGUACCUACGCACACACGGUGAACCGCAACUGGUACUCAGAUGCUGACAUGCCUGCCUCGGCCCGCCAGGAGGGCUGCCAGGACAUGGCCACGCAGCUCAUCUCCAACAUGGACAUUGACGUGAUCCUGGGUGGAGGCCGAAAGUACAUGUUUCCCACGGGGACCCCAGACCCUGAGUACCCAAGUGAUGCCAGCCAAAACGGAAUCAGGCUGGACGGGAAGAACCUUGUGCAGGAAUGGCUGGGGAAGCACCAGGGUGCCCGGUAUGUGUGGAACCGCACUGAGCUCAUGCAGGCUUCCCUGGACUCCUCUGUGACCCACCUCAUGGGUCUCUUCGAGCCUGGAGACACGAAAUAUGAGAUUCACCGAGACCCCGAACAAGACCCCUCCUUGAUGGAGAUGACAGAGGCUGCCCUACGCCUGCUGAGCAGGAACCCCCUUGGCUUCUACCUCUUCGUGGAGGGCGGCCGCAUCGACCAUGGUCAUCAUGAGGGCAUAGCUCAUCAUGCGCUGACGGAGGCGGUCAUGUUCGACGACACCAUUGAGAAGGCGGGCCAGCUCACCAACGAGGAGGAGACGCUGACCCUCGUCACCGCUGACCACUCCCAUGUCUUCUCCUUUGGUGGAUACACCUUGCGAGGGAGCUCCAUCUUCGGGCUGGCCCCCAGCAAGGCUCAGGACAGCAAAGCCUACACAUCCAUCCUGUAUGGCAAUGGCCCAGGCUAUGCGUUCAACUCAGGCGCGCGACCAGACGUGAAUGAGAGCGAGAGCGGGAGCCCCGAUUACAAGCAGCAGGCGGCGGUGCCCCUGUCGUCCGAGACCCACGGAGGCGAAGACGUGGCGGUGUUCGCGCGCGGCCCGCAGGCGCACCUGGUGCACGGUGUGCAGGAGCAGACCUUCGUAGCCCACGUUAUGGCCUUCGCCGCCUGCCUGGAGCCCUACACGGCCUGCGACCUGGCACCCGCCACCGGCACCACCAGUGUCGCGCCUCUCGCCCGUACCACCAACGCCGCCCACCUGGCUCCCCAGUCGCUUCCUCUGCUGGCCGGGACCCUGCUGCUGCUGCUGGGGGCGGCCGCUGCUCCCUGA